AUGCUUAUGAAGAAUAUCCUUGCCGCUUUUACUCUUGCUGGCCUAGCCAUUGCUACCCCAGUUGAAGAGGACCUUGAAAAGAGAGCAGCAUGCCCCGUGGGCGGCCCUACCCACAACUGGUGCUGUGCUACUGCAACCAACCUGAACAUAUUUUUCAUCAGGGGCGUUGGGUCGAACUGUCAAUCGAAUCUUCAAGGCGUGACCUGUUCCGGUACACGUUCUCGGCCUCUUUGCUGUGGCGGCAACCAGAUUGUGGACACGAAGAGCAAUGGUAAUAAGGAUGUAGUUUGCACUGUCUAA